UUACUCUGCGCUAAAGGGCUCCUCUCCUGUGCAAAUGGAUCCCAGGAGACUUGUGAUCUUCACAUGCAUUCUCUAUCUGCUCGCAGUUCCACUUCCCGGAACUAUUGCUUUGGGAGGCCGGAAGCUGGCAAUGAUGAUUGAGGUAGCAGAUCAGAUAGCCCGUAGGAAAUUGUUGAUGGUCGGCAAAUCAAGGAUGGACGUUGAAUUAAACGACUACCCGCCGUCAGGUGCCAACAACCGCCAUGAUCCUCCCAAAGGUCCUGGAAAACUUUAAUGCUGUUGCAGAACUAUUGCCGUCAUGAUACUUUCAUAGCACAAGAUAAAGAAAGUUUGAAAGAUAGUCUAGUCUCUGGCUCAUUGUUCGUACUCUUUGUAAUUAAUUUAGAUUGCUGAAACAUCAUCUAGCUUCCUAGAAUGGAGGGAGGACCAAGAAUAUUGAAACAGCAAUAGUAAUUGUUAUCAACAUCGCCAAGUUCAUAGUAAACCGAUAAAAAGUUGUAUUGAAUACGUGAUACUCACAUAAAAGCAAUAUGAUGAUGUUAAUUGGAUAGAGACCGCA